UCAAGGUAUUCGCGAUCAAUCCGCAGCGUGAGUUUUCGUUUCGGGUACGUGAAAAUCCGAGGGCUGAAGUGAAGUGAAUUCGAUAAUCAGAAUCUGUAAAUAUCAAGGAAUUUCGAUUGAAAUCAGAGGAAUCGGAGAGAAAAUAAAUUGAAGGAGUCUUGCGGAAACGUGAUAGAAAUAACAAUUACUAUCGUACGCAGGGAUCCUCGUUGAGAUUACCUGUAUUGGAAAUAAGCUAUGCCUCGAAAACGUCGGGCUUCAACGGCGUCUCUUCCUGACAUCGAUGACGAUGAUUUUUGUUCGGAAGAUAAAUACGGGGGUUCGAGCAACAGUCGCGAUAACGCUCAGGAUUCCAUGGACGGAGCGAGGGCGCCGAGGAAUGCCGCGAACGCUAGAGAAAGGGCGCGAAUGAGAGUACUGAGCAAGGCAUUUUGCAGGCUGAAAACUACCCUUCCAUGGGUUCCCGCGGAUACGAAGCUUAGCAAAUUGGACACCCUUCGACUCGCUGCUACCUACAUCGCUCACCUUCGCGCAGUUCUUAGGGACGAGGGGGAAACCCACCCGGAAACUACGAGAUCCCUCUCUCUAGCUUUGUCCUGGCCAUUCGCGAUUCAAGGUGGUGGCACGCCGAUGUUGACGACAAACAAUUGCAGCACCUCGGGAUCAUCUUCGACAUCUUCGUCUCCCGGGGGUCAAUUUUCUAGAGGUCAUCAAUCGCCGCAUCACAAUCUCCAUCAACCUAUGCACAAUCAUAAUCGUCUUCACGGUAUUCAUCAGCAGCCUGUACAUCCCCGCCACGAACAUCACGAAUCGCAGCUACCUUAUUACUGAUCGAUUAUAUUCAAGGAUUAAUAUUUUAACCCGCUAAACGAUCGCUGCGAUUAUCUUCUAACCGCUGCAUGCACCAAUGAUUUGAUAUUUAUUCCAGUGUGCCUUAUUUAUUCAUAAUUAAUUAAUUAAUUAAUAAUACGAUAACAACAUGCUAAUAAUUGUUUGAAACCAAAGAACGUCGGCUAGUCGAAUAAACUAAAGACUUAUCUUAUAAAAUAAAAUGAUUUCAUAUAUUUCCAAUAAUCGGUG